ACCAGAAUUAACUAAAUCUAAUAAUAACUAGUAUGAAUCUUUCUAAUAUCCAAGCAAUACCUUUUCUCUAUAGACCCUGGUUUAAAUAUAUGACAUUGCAACUCCUAUUUGCAACCAGAAAACACGCAUGAACGUGUAUCACAUUUCCUUUUUGCAACCGAAAAUCCUGCAUGCAACCCGAUAUGGAUUUGAAAGUGUUUGUCCUUUGUUGUUUGUUAACAGAGAAAUGAAUUUUAAUUCUAAAGUAUCGACAAUCAUUGUAUUAUGUUAAAACUUAGUCUUUAUGGAGUUUUCGUUGUAUUCUGUGCUAUAGCCUUCCAAUAUGUGCUGAAGAAAGUUCCUGAACCUUUUAUUGAUGAAAUCUUCCAUCUCACUCAAUGUCAGAAAUAUUGUGCCUACAAAUUCAAUGAAUGGGAUAACAAGAUAACAACACCACCAGGUCUAUAUAUAUUAGGACUUGCAUACACCAGGGCCAUACAACUCGUGACUUUGGAUAAUAUACAUUCCUUGUUUGAAGCGUGUACCAAUGACAUACUUAGAUCUGUGAAUCUUGUGGGGGGCUUGGUGGUCUUACCUUUGUCAUUACAAGUGCUAGAUACAGAUAAUUUUUGGACAGUUAAUAUCAUGGCACUCCCUUUAUUGGUAUCGUAUUAUUUCCUUUUUUACACUGAUGUUUGGGCAACAAUUUUAGUUGUCAUUGCAUUGGUAUUGGUAGUUCAAAAGCCUUUGGGAUUAAUUACCAGUGUUUAUACUUCAGCCAUUGUUGCCUUCACCAGUUUAUGGUUCAGACAAACGAAUAUCCUCUGGGUGGCUUUCAUAUUGGCGAUUUUGAUCGACAAGAGAUGUAAAAGACGUGCGAAUGACUCGUUUAUACUGGAAGUGAUAACUUUUAUUUCUCAAACUUUCAAAGAUUGGCUACUUGUAGUCCCAUUUAUCUUGGUCAUUCUUCUGUUUGCUGCCUUCGUUGUAUAUAAUGGAGGAAUAACUCUAGGUGACAAGGAAAAUCAUACCCUCAAUCUACAUGUCGUACAAGUUUUCUACUGCAUGGUGUUCAUAGUUGGGUUUACGUGGCCCGUUUGGCUUUCCACUAAAACUAUAAAAGAUUACUUGAAAUUUACACUUGGCGGGGCUAUACCAUUGAGUUUCACAUUGAUAUCUUUCUACAGCAUCAAGUAUAUUAUUGCAAACUUUACAGUGGUCCACCCAUUCUUACUUGCAGACAACAGACAUUAUACUUUCUACAUUUGGAGGAAAAUCCUCAAUCAAAAAUAUAGUUGGGUAGCAAUGGUACCUAUAUAUCAUUUCUGUACUUGGACAGUGAUAUCUUCUUUAAUACGCGGUCCAUCAAUGGGGAAAAGUUCUUUGAAAUUGUCUCCGAUUACAAUUAUUGCAUUUGUAAUAGUAGUAAUUGCUACUAUUAUCCCAUCACCAUUAUUUGAACCAAGAUAUUACAUCCUCCCAUUGGUGAUUUUUAGAAUGUUCAUUGGUCCAGUACAAUGUAACACAUUUACCACUAGGACUAGACAUGUCACGGAAUUCAUUUGGUCAAUGUUAAUCAAUGUAUUAACCAUUACAGUUUUUCUUUCCUAUGAGUUUAAGUGGCCAACAGAGAAUAGUGUACAGAGAAUCAUUUGGUAGGGUUUGCAUCAUGCAUGGUUUCAUUUAAAGUUUCAUAAAGUAAUUUAACAU